GGGCUGAUACCUUUUGCCCCCCCCUCCCCUUUCCCCCUUUGUAUCAAUUGGUCGGAGUUCAGCCCAUUGUCGCCACCAGCUUCUUUUAUAUCUGCGCUCAGUCUGCGCCGAGGGCUCUCACUCGGAUCCACGGGAGGGACUUGUACCUGCAGCAGAGAAGCGAGGACGGCCGAGCUGUCAGCGGCAGCCCGUGUGUGUGCGCGCAGAGCCGGAGCGCUCCAUCGGUCGGGACCCCCCCGCCCCCCCCCGGACACUUUGAUGGGACCCUGCGAGUCGGGCAGCACUCCUCCGUUUCUUUUUAGCCCCAGUCGUCGCACCCCGGUCAUGACACAAUGCUGAUGAUACCUCUGCUGGUGUUGCUGAGCCUGCUGGAUCCCGUGCGUCCCCGGAGCCGCUGCGCGCCUGGCCCCGGGCCCGGCCCCGGCCCCGGCCCGGCGUGCGACCCCCGGCAGCGGAGGGACGCCGGGGGCCGCGGGGGAGUGUACGAGCACCUCGGGGGAGCGCCGAGGCGCAGGAAACUCUACUGCGCGACCAAAUAUCACUUACAAAUCCAUCCCACCGGCAAGAUCGACGGCUCGCUGGAGGAAAACAACCCGCUAAGCAUCAUGGAAAUCACAGCGGUGGACGUUGGCGUCGUGGCCGUCAAAGGGCUCUUCUCUGGCAGAUAUCUGGCCAUGAACGAUAAAGGGCGGCUGUACGCCUCGGAAGUGUUCAACAAAGAGUGUGAGUUCGUGGAGCGGAUCCACGAGUUGGGGUACAACACCUACGCGUCCCGCCACCACUCCACCGAGCAGCAGCUGCCGCCGGGGGGCAGCGGUGGCAACAAGCGGCGAGCCAGCGCCAAGCGCCAGUGGUACGUCUCCAUCAACGGCAAAGGGCGGCCGCGGCGAGGCUUCAAAACCCGGAGCACGGACAAGGCGGCACUUUUCCUGCCCCGGGUCCUGGGCAACAAGGACCACGAGAUGGUGCGGCGGCUGAGGGACAGUCAGAGUGCACACCGCCACAGCAGCCACGGUGAGCGCCGGAGACGCCGGCACCGCGCCAGGAAAGGCCGGGGCUGACUGACCCCCGCGGUCCCUGUGACUGGUCAGAACCCAGACCCUCGGCAUACACUGUAUAGCUGGAUUUCAAUGGAAGAUGUGGACAAACAAGUCUGGAUUUUGCCUUCUGGAUUAAGUGUCAUGCACAAAGAAAAUAAUCCAUAAAAGAAGAAGAAGAAGAAGAAGAAGUAGUAGAGACCUGAGGCCACCCAGUGACACAAAUAUUGAAUUCAAUUGAAUUGUCCACUUUCAGGAGACUUUCAAACAAACACACACACACACACACACACUGUAUAAUCUUCUAUUUACUGACGUCUGCCCUUUUCAAAAAUGCUACUGUCUUAUAAACAAAUGUAUUAAUAUAGUUCUGACUUAUUUUGUUAAAAAAGCAUUUGUCCCAGAGCUGCGAACCUUCUCGCAGGGCUUCUUUUGUAAAUACCGUGUGCAUGUACAGUGACUCUGUAGCUUUCCACUCAUCUGAAUACAGCGUGAUAUUAUAUUUUUUGCCACGGUGAAGCGCUAACAAAACGCCAUAGACAUGACCUGAGGACUUUAACACAGCGAAGCACUUUGUUGUCAGAUUUACAUCCAGAAGCUGAAGAGGAAGAUCAGUGCGAGGCGCAGUGUGGUGGGACUUUCUGACAAUGUGAUAGUCUACUGCCUGUAAACUGAAAGAAGUACUUUGUAUAUUUUACUAAUGAUAUGAAUAUUUAUUUGGUGCCUGUGUUGUAAGUUAUUGUUAAGAAUAUUUCUUGCUAUUUUACCCGUGUUUUUUACUCGUUUCAUAUAAUUUUCACUCGCCGCAACGGCCACAGACAUAAAUGCAAACU